CGUCGGGUCGUCUGCCGCCCAGGUGGCUGGCUGGAGCUGGAGAAGCAACCAAUCUACACCUACAGCAGGGGAAUCUCCUUGGCGCUGAGCCACCACCGGGUAGGCUUCGUGCUUGAUUCGGUUUCACUCUCGUUCGCCGCGUGUGGAGAAGGGGCCUCAUCUAGAAGUGAGCAAGUAGCAGAAAAAAUCUCCUCCCGUCCGCCGUCUGUCACCUGCGCGGCUGUAUGCAGGCAGGCGGACUUCUCACGUCCAUGUGUGGGACCUGACGGUCGACGGCGGGUGCUUCUUCUCCCCGAUUCUGGCUGCUGCUGGCUGGUGCGCUCUUCUCGGGUCGCCCGGCGAGCCUCCUCUAAACAAACGAAAAUUGCACUUUUGUUUAGUUUUCGGUAUAAAAGUGACGAUUACUCCGAUUUGAAUAUCAUUCAGUUAAGUACAUCGGUUCGGUUCAUUAGUUUUUAAGCGAACCGCGCUCACUGCCAUUGAGUAGUGGUCCAAAUCCGUGAUCCCCGUGUUCCGAGAGCGUGUGUCAGCAGCGUCAGCAGCAACACAGCAGCCGUCAAUACCAUCGUAGUCCCAUCGAUUCCGCAGGAGUACUCGAAACGAGCAUGAGAUCUCAGCAUAAGCUUACAGCCCUCAUGGUGCUGUGCUGUGCCCUCGGGCCAGUAUUCGCCGCCUCAAUAACCAAACGAGAGGCGCCUCUUCCUGGUGGAAGUUAUCUGCCGCCAUCGAGCGGUGGAGGUGCUGGUGGCUACCCAGCCGCUGGUCCCCCGAGCGGAAGCUACGGUCCACCAAGCAGUGGAGGAGGUGCUGGCGGUUAUCCAUCUGGUGCUGGUGGUGCUCCAUCACAGCAGUACGGUGCUCCAUCUCAAGGAGGUAGCUUCGGUGGACAAUCUCCAUCGCAGCAGUAUGGCGCCCCAUCAGCUCCAUCUCAGCAGUACGGUGCUCCUUCAAGCGGAAGUGGAUUCGGAGGACGCCCACAGGCUCCAUCCCAACAAUACGGUGCGCCAAGUCACGGUAGCGGAAAUGGUCACGGUUCCAACGGACACGGUGCCUCUCGCCCAUCUCAGCAGUAUGGAGCUCCAUCUCAACAAUAUGGUGCCCCAAGCAAUGGACAUGGUUCUAACGGUGGUUCCCGCCCUCAAGCGCCUUCUCAGCAAUACGGUGCCCCAUCGGCCGGUGCUCCAUCUCAACAGUACGGUGCUCCAUCCCAGCAGUACGGUGCCCCAAGCGGUGGUAGCGGAUCUCGUGCUCCAUCUCAGCAAUACGGAGCUCCAUCCGGUGGUGCCCCAUCUCAGCAAUACGGUGCUCCAGGAGCUGGAUCUCGCCCACAGACUCCAUCCCAGCAAUACGGUGCUCCUUCAUCUGGUGCCCCAUCUCAGCAAUACGGCGCUCCAUCCGGCGGUGCCCCAUCCCAGCAAUACGGUGCUCCCUCAGGUGGUGCUCCAUCCCAGCAGUACGGUGCUCCUUCCGGUGGUGCUCCAUCUCAGCAAUACGGCGCUCCAUCCGGCGGUGCUCCAUCCCAGCAAUACGGAGCUCCAAGCAGUGGACACGGUAACGGACAUGGCUCCAAUGGAGGAUCUCGCCCGCAAACCCCAUCUCAGCAAUAUGGUGCUCCAUCUCAACAAUACGGAGCUCCAAGUGCCGGAUCUCGUCCCCAGACUCCAUCUCAACAAUACGGAGCCCCAGGAGCUGGAUCUCGUCCACAGGCCCCAUCUCAGCAAUACGGAGCUCCUUCAUCUGGUGCCCCAUCGCAGCAAUACGGAGCUCCUUCCGGAGGUGCACCAUCAUCCCAGUACGGCGCCCCAUCCGCUAGUGCCCCAUCUCAACAGUAUGGUGCUCCAUCUGCUCCAUCUCAGCAAUACGGUGCCCCAUCCGCUCCUUCCCAACAAUAUGGUGCUCCAUCUCAGCAAUACGGUGCCCCCUCGGCCACAUCUCGUCAAUCCGGACCCCCAUCUACUAGCUACGGAGUUCCAGCUGGCCCAUCAAGCGGAAGCGCUGGACGUCCAUCUAGCCAAUACGGUGCCCCAGCUCAGGGAGGUAGCAGUGGAUUCGGAGGACGCCCAAGCCAACAAUACGGUGCCCCAUCUGCCGGUGCUCCAUCUCAGCAAUACGGUGCUCCAUCUGCUGGAGCCCCAUCUCAGCAAUACGGUGCCCCCUCUACUGCUGUAGGCCGCCCAUCCAGCCAAUACGGAGCUCCAUCCCAGGGAGGAAGCGGUGGAUUCGGAGGUCGUCCAAGCCAGCAAUACGGUGCCCCAUCUCAAGGUUCAAGCGGUGGUUUCGGAGGCCGUCCAAGCCAACAGUAUGGUGCCCCAUCUCAAGGAGCUAGCAGCGGUGGAUUCGGUGGACGCCCAUCGCAGCAGUACGGAGCCCCAUCUGCCAGUGCCCCAUCUCAGCAGUACGGAGCCCCAUCCGCUAGUGCCCCAUCCCAGCAAUAUGGAGCCCCAUCAGCUGGAGCCCCAUCUCAGCAGUACGGAGCUCCAUCUCGUGGAGGCGCUCCUUCUCAGCAGUAUGGUGCCCCAUCUGCUCCAUCCCAGCAGUACGGAGCCCCAAGCGGUGGAAACGGACACGGUAGCAGUGGACACCAUGCCAGCGCCUCGUUUGGAAGUGGAUUCGCGCAAGCUUCGGCUAGCAGCCACUCCUCGAACGGAAGCGGUGGAUACGCUGCCAACGGAGGUUAUAGCUCCGGCGGUCCGCAAUCAUCCGUUCCAGCCACCCUCCCACAGUCAUACACUCAAACCGGAGGCUACAACUACUAAGCACUGACCAAACACACUGAGACUCAGACAAAGAGACGCGCCCUGAUCAUAAAUGUGCCUUAAACGAUAUAAUUUAUAUAUUUUUCGUUACCCAACGUUCCAAAUCAAGCAAAAUUCUACGAUUUACCCUUUCGACCAAUAUUAGAACACUCAUCUAACAAAAUACUCCCAAAAUGAUCUGAGUAGGCCGAGCUGUCAACGAAACUGUGAAAAUUCGAAACGGAACUAUGUUUUAACUGUUUAUGGUUAAUUAAUUUAAAUUAUUCUUAUAUUAUAGCUUAAUUUAAUGUUUUUGUAUGCUAGGAAUGACAAAAAGUAUUUGUUUUGAAAACGAUUGCGAACCAAGCAAAAGCUUUGCCGACAAUAAUAACAAAAGCAGAAAACACAUCAACACAUACGGUACGAAUGCUGAAAGCAAGAUUUCAUUCAAGCAAACUAGCUUACACGAUUUGUACUGUGUCACCCAAUGAACUCACGUCGCACACGACACACAUGUUGGAUGUGGAUGUGCGCACUGUAAUACGUAAUGCAUUUUUCUCAAUCAUACAAACCAGCCACAGCUGAUGCGAACGCAAUUUAGUAUUUUAUCCAAAAUUUUGGAUUAGUUUUCAUCAUGAAAAUUGUUUCACAAAGUUGGAUAACGUUUGCCAGCAUAGUAGGAGAGGUAAAACAAGCAAGAAGAUAAACAACGAACGAACGACGAACAUGUGGAAAUAAAAAUGAAGCAUUUGCGGUCAUCAUUUUCCUCCAUAA